CAGAGCUCCUCUCUUAUGACUGUGGAUAGUGAGGGCGCAGACGUCGCCAGACGUGAUGUGUUAAAACUCAUGUGAAUAUCUCCAUUGUUUUUCUUUUUUUGUUCCUCUCGCGCUGCCCGCGUGCCGCCCUCCUCGAUGUCUCCCAACAGUUUUUAAUUGAGCCAGAAUGCGGAUUAUUUUGUCAGCGCUCCUCUCACUGUUCUCCGGGCUGUGGGGGCUAGCUCAGGGGGCUUUCCCCAGCAGCGUUCAAAUUGGGGGGUUGUUCAUUAGAAACACUGAUCAGGAGUACACAGCCUUCCGCCUGGCCAUAUUUCUGCACAACACCAGUCCAAAUGCUACGGAGGCGCCCUUUAACCUUGUCCCACACGUCGACAACAUCGAGACGGCUAACAGCUUUGCUGUCACCAAUGCCUUCUGUUCCCAGUACUCUCGGGGCGUGUUUGCCAUCUUCGGGCUGUACGACAAGCGCUCCGUCCACACCUUGACGUCGUUCUGCAGUGCUCUGCACAUCUCGCUGGUGACGCCCAGCUUCCCAGCGGAGGGCGAGACCCAGUUCGUCCUGCAGCUGCGCCCGUCCAUCCGUGGGGCGCUCAUCAGUAUUCUGGACCACUAUGACUGGAACCGCUUUGUUUUCCUCUAUGAUACCGAUCGAGGAUAUGCCAUCCUGCAAGCCAUCAUGGAGAAAGCAGGUCAGAAUGGCUGGCAGGUGAGUGCCAUCUGUGUGGAGAGCUUCAAUGAUGCAGCCUACCGACGCCUCCUGGAGGACCUCGACCGACGCCAGGAGAGGAAGUUCGUCAUCGACCUGGAGUUCGAACGACUCCACACCAUUCUAGAACAGGUGGUGAGUGUAGGGAAACAUGUGCAGGGAUAUCAUUACAUCAUCGCCAACCUGGGCUUUAAGGAUAUCUCUCUGGAGCGGUUUAUGCAUGGUGGAGCCAAUGUGACAGGUUUUCAGCUGGUGGACUUCAGUAGGCCCAUGGUGAUCAAACUCAUGCAGCGCUGGAACAAACUGGACCAGAGAGAGUACCCAGGCUCUGAAAGCCCACCCAAGUACACUUCAUCCCUGACAUAUGACGCCGUGCUGGUGAUGGCUGAGGCCUUCCGUAACCUUCGGCGGCAGAAGAUUGACAUCUCUCGCAGGGGCAAUGCCGGCGACUGUCUGGCCAAUCCCGCGGCUCCGUGGAACCAGGGCAUUGACAUGGAGCGCACCUUAAAGCAGGUGCGAAUUCAGGGUCUGACGGGGAAUAUUCAGUUCGAUCAUUAUGGACGCAGAGUGAAUUACAGUAUGGAUGUGUUUGAGCUGAGGAGUAACGGUCCUCAAAAGAUUGGAUACUGGAAUGACAUCGAUAAACUAGUGUUGGUGCAAAACGAACUCUCCGGUAACGGCUCUAUGAUGGAAAACAGGACCGUCAUCGUGACAACCAUCAUGGAGGGACCAUAUGUGAUGCUUAAGAAGAACUGGGAGAUGUAUGAAGGCAACGACCAGUAUGAGGGUUACUGUGUGGAUCUGGCCUCCGAGAUUGCCAAGCAUAUCGGCAUCAAAUACAAAAUCUCCAUAGUUCCUGAUGGGAAGUAUGGUGCCAGGGACCAGGUGACCAAGAUCUGGAACGGGAUGGUCGGGGAGCUGGUGUACGGGAAAGCGGAGAUUGCCGUAGCGCCUCUGACAAUCACGCUGGUCCGGGAGGAGGUCAUCGACUUCUCCAAGCCCUUCAUGAGCUUGGGCAUCUCCAUCAUGAUUAAGAAACCACAGAAGUCCAAGCCGGGCGUGUUCUCCUUCCUGGACCCGCUGGCCUACGAGAUCUGGAUGUGCAUCGUGUUCGCCUACAUUGGCGUGAGCGUGGUGCUCUUCCUGGUCAGCCGCUUCAGCCCGUAUGAGUGGAACACGGAGGAGCCCGAGGAGGGCGCCGACGCACAGCCUGCCAUCCAGCCCCCCAACGAGUUCGGGAUCUUCAACAGUCUCUGGUUCUCCCUGGGUGCCUUCAUGCAACAGGGCUGUGACUUCACACCCAGGUCACUGUCGGGACGUAUCGUAGGAGGCGUGUGGUGGUUCUUCACCCUCAUCAUCAUCUCGUCCUACACGGCCAACCUGGCAGCCUUCCUCACCGUGGAGCGCAUGGUGUCGCCCAUCGAGAGCGCGGAGGACCUGGCCAAGCAGACGGAGAUUGCCUACGGCACGCUGGAUGCUGGCUCCACCAAGGAGUUCUUCAGGAGGUCAAAGAUCGCGGUCUACGAGAAGAUGUGGUCCUACAUGAGGUCGGCUGAGCCGUCUGUCUUCACCAAGACGACGGCGGAGGGCGUGGCGCGCGUGCGCAAGUCGAAGGGGAAGUAUGCUUUCCUGCUGGAGUCCACCAUGAACGAGUACACCGAGCAGCGCAAGCCCUGUGACACCAUGAAGGUCGGCGGCAACCUGGACUCCAAGGGAUACGGCAUCGCCACGCCCAAGGGCUCGCAGCUAAGAACUCCGGUAAACCUUGCAGUUUUGAAACUGAGUGAAGCAGGAGUCUUAGACAAACUGAAAAACAAGUGGUGGUACGAUAAAGGGGAAUGUGGACCCAAGGACUCGGGAAGUAAGGACAAGAGCUCCCAGGCCCUGAGCCUGAGCAACGUGGCGGGCGUCUUCUAUAUCCUGGUGGGCGGCCUGGGCCUUGCCAUGCUGGUGGCUCUGGUCGAGUUCUGCUAUAAGUCGCGGGCCGAGGCCAAGCGCAUGCAGCUGGAAUCAGCAGAACUGAAUUUUAGCCCCGCCCCCAGCCCAACGCACAGCGCACAGAACUUAGCCACUUAUAGAGAGGGCUACAACGUGUACGGCUCCGAUGGCGUGAAAAUUUAGGGCUCACCUUCACGGAAGCCAUGAGAAACAAGGCCCGGCUGUCAAUCACCGGUAGCCUAAGAGGAAUGGGCGUGUCCUAAAGCCAGACUGCCCUAAGACCAUGCACUCUGGCCCCUCCCUCUGCCAUGGCCCUGCUUUUGCUGUGGUCUCCUCUGAGCUCCCA